CUGCCCGUCCCGCCCGUGUCCGGCCCCUGUCCAGCCGCCGCCACUCUUCUCAGCGUUGAAGUGACCUUCCACCGCAAGGAUGCUGGUGCUCUUGGCUUUCAUCAUUGUGUUUCACAUCACCUCCGCUGCGCUGCUCUUCAUCUCUACCAUUGACAAUGCCUGGUGGGUAGGAGAGGGAUUUUACGCAGACCUCUGGAGACUGUGUCAAAACUCCACUAACUGUACAGAAAUCAGUGACAGUUACAAAGGUUAUCAGACUCUCCAGGCCGUUCAAGCCACGAUGAUCCUGUCUACCAUCCUGUGCUGUAUCGCUCUGUUGGUCUUCGUUCUCCAACUCUUCCGCCUGAAGCAAGGAGAGAGAUUUGUUUUAACAUCCAUCAUCCAGCUGCUGUCAUGUCUGUGUGUCAUGAUCGCAGCAGCUAUUUAUACGGACCGACACGAAGAACUGCACAAGAAAAACAUGGAUUUUUAUAAGGAGAUGGAUGGAGGGAAAUACGGCUAUUCCUUCAUCCUAGCCUGGAUUGCCUUUGCAUUUACCUUCAUCAGCGGGAUCAUGUAUCUCGUAUUGAGGAAGCGCAAAUAAACAUCGGGGUUUAGCUAUCUCUACGGUCACCGCACAGCACCAAAAUUCCAAUAACCGUUUUGUAUAUAAUCAUUUUUUGUGAAUCUGUAGCAGAGGUAUUGUUUUUCCUUUUUUUUGUUUUGUUUUUGUUUUUAAAGUGCUGUGUUUUUGACAUCCGAUCUAAAGACUAUGAAGAGCAGUGCAGGGGUACUGGAAUAAUUAUAGCCGGCCAAUAGCCUGACCAAGCCAAAGGCAAAAUCCAAUUUCCUCAGUGUGGCGUUCUGUAACUUGACGUAGCUAUCGUUUGACUAGACACUAACAAACCCAGGUAACGGCUGGACCCUUCCUUCUGCUAGGCUCACACGAUCACACACGUUUCCGUGCGGUUACUAAACCAGCUACGGACCGGCGUACACCUACGACAGCUAGAAGAUGGGAAGCGUGGUUACUUUUCCUUUCUAAUAGAGCCAAGGUGGGAAUUCCCUGAGCCCAAUAUGUUUGCGUGAGUCUCUGUUUGUGUGUGCCGGCAGACAGACCGUUUUGUCCUAGGGAAUGGGGCGUGGGAGAUUAUUGGAAACGCCAUUGAUGUCAUUUCCAAGUGCUUAGUACAGUGCUCUGCACACAGUAAGCACUCAAUAAAUAUGAUUGAAUGAAUGAAUGUACCCACUGCUGGCCUGGGAAAAAGUAGAAACUUUGACUUUUCUUUUUUUUUUUUGUACUCUUGAGUGUGGUUUCUGUUGUUCUCAUGCUAGGUGUGCAGAACUACCUCAAGAAGUUACAGAUUCUCUUCAGUGGGAGGAUUUUCCUCAAGUAGGUACUAAUCACGGGCACCUUGGCAAAAAUACACGAUGCCCACAAUAUUAAGUCCCCCGCUGGGCAGUGGAAGCACUUAUUAUCUUUGGGACUGAUUUGGUUUUAUCCUGAGAUUUUUUUUUUCCCCCCUACCAAAUUUCAGGGGGUAUCCUUACUUUCCCAAAGAAAAAAGGAGGCAUGUAGGGGGGAGAGGGAGUAAAUGACCAUUAGCAUUUAAUGUGAAGGUGAAGGGAUGGGAUGUUAGCCCCUGUGCUGGCCAUCUGUGCAUAUGGCAAGUGGUGCUUUCAGGGCUGCCUUGGGGACAGGGCAAGACUUGGGUGCAGUCAACUGUCAUUAUCUGUGGUCAGAGGGGGGUGGGGAUGGUGCGUGAGGGAUGAGAGAACCCACAAAACAGAUCCAUGACGAGUCGCAAACUCAUUUUAUCCAAUGGUUUCUUCAUCAUCAUCUGCUCCAUCUUCUACUGGUGUGGCUAACCAAUAGCAAAAAGAAAAAAAAUGCAUGGAAUAGAAUUUCACCUUCUCUUCUUACGCCUCCUACUCUUCCUUUUGGGGGUGGUGCUGGGGCGAUGAAAUCCAAAGGCAGCAACAGGAGGAAAGAGGAGAAGCAAGCAGUCUGGAUAAUCCACAGGACUCCCAGAUGAUCGAGCACUGGCUGCACUCCAGUACCCUCUUUGGAUAAAUAUACAUAUUUAGAUGAGCCUACAUAUGUCUACUCAACUCAGUAUGAUGGCAUUUAUUAAGCUGUAUACUGUACCUGAUAAACGUAUAAUACAUGUUUUGUAAUCUUCCA